UGACGCUUGUUUCUGCUUCCCUCCCGUCCACUAAAUUUACUGGCUUACAAGGGGCAUGUGGCUGCAAAGUUCCCCUUCAGACUGACUCCAUCCCUCCACCUUCAAGUUCCAACCUCUCUGUCUGACUCUGAUAGCGCGAGAGGCCCCGACUCAAGACACGGACCUCGCACCAUUUUGCUAAAUUCACCUAACGUUAGGGACCUACCUGGUUUGUUUGGACUGGUUUGGUGGUUGGCAGUUGUACUGUUACCACAUCCGCCGUUUAAUUGAACCUCGUUCCCGAUUGACUCUUUCCCUUCUUCUUUACUCGCCUGUUUCUGGCUGGCGACUUGAUAUUUCACGUCUCCUUUGACGUUGCGCGUCGCUACUAUCGCAUAGCAUAGCAUCGCAUUGCGUUGCGCGUUAGGUUGAACCGACGAUCUCAACUCUCUUUUGCGCUCCAUCGUGCGCCCCAACCUCCAGUCCAGUCAAGUUCCGUCUCGUCAAGCCCAAUUGGAUCCAGUCCUAUCAAAAAAAAGGGAGUUAAUUAGCACCUGCAGGAUCCAAGGCCCAAGACCAAGGCGCAGCGAAAUACAGGGAGGGCAUCAACACAACAACAAAAGAACAAUCAUACCUAGAUUCAGUUCAGUGCCAUUCGCAGCCCAGCCCUGUUUGGCUGCCAACGCAUCCAGCGUCGGCCGUCCUCCAAUCCUGAUCCGCCCGUCGCGGCCGUUUAGCUGCACCUCAGACCGCAGAACUCAGCUUUGUAUUGGAUCAGUCCCGUUCGCCCCGAAAAUAUAAUCAGAAGCCAAAACAAGCGAGCAAGAAGCAAGCAGACAGCAAGAAAGCGGAUACGACCGAUAUCGAGUAAUUCGCAAUUCGUCGCGCGCGCACCAUGAGAUAGUCGAGACACGCACGAACUCAACUCUACUUGCUCUUCCCAACUCUUGCCCAAAAUCAUUUUUACUACUCGUUCCUUGAUUUGGAAACGGCUUGCUCCGUCUUCGUCGCUUACAACUGCUUCUCUGGCGCCGCGUGCAUAUUAUCCCCGGUUCAGCGCUUCCCUAGACCGGGCUGUCUGAAACUGCCAGGUAUUUCGACCUGCAUAUUCGCGUCCGCCGCCUGGCUUUUUUUUCCCUGAGCGCUACUGCCAGAAAACCUCAACUCUCGCGCACAUCGUUGUAUUGUGUGCUUUAAAAACGCUCUGACAAACGGUUCGAUCCGUCAAAUUUAUUUUACGCGUCUGGGUGUGGAAGAUGUCGUCGGCUGCCUUACAGACGGCCCCCCAUCAACACACCGCUCUGGCCUCGUCCCCCUUGAGCACACCGUCGUCCCGCCAGUACAGGCCCUCGCACUCAUCCCCUAACGGUAACAGCCAGGCGUACAAUGCCCAGCAGACCUCGACCGCUUCUUCAUCUUCGCGACGACCUCCUUCUCGAAAAACGAACGACAGCGCUCCCUCACCUUCUUACCAUCUAGCUCCCGCCUUCGGUUCACCCGUCACCGCCUCAGCGCCCAACGACCAGGAACCUUCAGCCUCUGCCUCCGACUGGCAAGGCAACAUGCCUCCCGUCGCUCCCCCAAGGACCUCGUCCAACCACCAAAGUGGUAGUUCGCGGAGGUCUCAGUAUUCUAACGAAAAGUCGACCAACUCUCCCCGUCGAAACGAAUCCACUCGAACUGGUUCGCGUGGUGAUUCAGCAGCUGUCGAGAACGGUCACCGAAGCAGCAAGGCUGACACUGCUGCCCGAGCCAGUAGCCGAGACGGCAGGGCCGCAACCACUUCAAUGCCUGUUCGAUCCGCACAUAGCACGCCCUCGAAACCCGUCCACGAUGCCACUGACAGCUUGACAAAAGCAAUUGCAGCUGCUCAAGAUACCAUCGACCGGGAUCGCAAUCAUGCUGCAGUUCAGCACAACAACGUCGAAGAUGCCGCAGCGCCCCCUCCUGUUGUCGCGACGGGUGAUCACCAUGAGGAACGACGAGGACAGCGAAGCCGACACGAUCAUAGUCGAAGCCACAAGGGCAAUACCAAGUUCGGCGACUUUAUUCUGGGUAACACCAUCGGUGAGGGUGAAUUUGGCAAAGUGAAGCUGGGCUGGAAACAGGACAGUAGCGUCCAGGUUGCUAUCAAGCUCAUCAAGAGAGACAGUGUGGGUAGCAACCCCUCUCGUUUCGCCAAGAUUUACCGCGAAGUUGCCAUCCUUCGCGGAGUCCAACAUCCUAAUAUUGUGCGUCUAAUCGACAAGGUCGAGACAGACCGACACAUUGGUAUCAUCCUCGAGUACGCGUCGGGUGGUGAACUUUUUGACUACAUCCUUAACCACCGCUAUCUAAAGGACAACGCAGCUCGUCGCUUGUUUGCCCAGCUCGUGUCUGGUGUUGGAUAUCUCCAUAAGAAGGGAAUCGUGCAUCGGGAUCUGAAACUGGAAAAUCUGCUUCUUGAUCGAAACCGCAACAUUAUUAUUACCGACUUCGGCUUCGCCAACACCUUUGACCCCAAUGAAGAAUUGAGUAAGGAAGAAGAGCUUAAUCUCACAGAUAAGGAAUUUGUGAAGCGAAUGGGCUUAGACCGGGUCAAGAUGAAUGGAUCCAGGAAGGGUGAUCUCAUGCAGACAAGUUGUGGUAGUCCUUGUUAUGCUGCACCUGAACUGGUUGUUAGCGACUCUCUUUAUACUGGACGUAAGGUGGAUGUCUGGAGUUGUGGUGUCAUUCUGUAUGCCAUGCUCGCCGGUUACCUCCCCUUCGAUGAUGACCCCGCCAACCCCGAAGGCGACAACAUCAACCUUCUAUACAAAUAUAUCGUGACAACGCCUCUAACCUUCCCUGAAUACGUCACACCUCACGCUCGAGACCUCCUCCGCCGCAUUCUCGUGCCCAACCCCCGUAAGCGAGCGGAUCUUUUCGAAGUUGCUCGGCACAGCUGGCUGAGUGAAUACGCGAACCUCGUUGAAUUCAUCACAAGCUCGACAACGUUACCGUCAGAAGUCCCCGAUUCAGGCGUGUCACCAGACGAUUACGCCGAUGCCCCGACGAUUGCCCGAAGCUCUUCUGUCCGCGAGGCUUCAAAGCAAAAACAACCACAUCCUCCUGUUGUUGGAGGACUGGCGAAGACGCAUGGCAGUGUCGAUCCCGAAUCUGAGACUACUCAUCGCAGCACACCGAAGGAUGCAAAGCGGAGAACUGUUCAGGUUGAAUACGUGGCCCCUACGACGAAAACUCAACGCGGUGCAGAUGCCGCGCCUUCAAAACCUAGUUCACAUUCCCUCCAACAGCAGGUACCAGUGGAUGUGCCUGAAGCCAACACUGAGAAGCCUCUUCCGCGUGAACCUCCUAUGACAAAGGACAACCCUUCUCGCACCCAGUCGAGACGUCCACAGAGCUCGCACAAGAGUGCUGUCCCCCACAGGCCAGCUCGCGAUACCCGCGCCACUUCUGACAAUGCCUUUAUGACUGGGCCAACCAACGCAGCGAGGCCACGAACCCAGAGCUCAAUGCAAUCUUCUGCGUCAAUGGGUCUGCAGUCUCAUGGGAACUAUGGUCAGCCUGCACCUCCCACUAUUGCCGAUACAAACGCUCACGGUCGAAUUCAACAACCUCAAAAUCCUGAGGAUGAGGAGAACAUCGCCAAGACUGUGGGUAGUGUUCCUCCCAAGGUGAUGAAGAUGUCGACUUUCCAGAAUGAGACAAAGUCGACAGGCCGAGGUCACAAGAGGUCAAACACCCUGGGUGAUCUUGGUAACAAGAUAAUGGGUCGCAGCGGGUCUAUCUUUGGGGGACGAUCUAAGAAGCGACCGGAGCAGCAGCAGCAACCUGACAAAUCAAGGAAGUAUCCUCCCGUCAGUAUGCCCACCACGAUGAUGCCAGGUGAGGAAGCCGGUCCCCGGCCCUCCAUGGAAUCAAAGGCCUCCCGACGAUCAUUCUCCCUCGGACUUGGAAAGAAGCGUAGUGGCAGUGUCCAAGGUUCUAGUGAUAAGAAGGACCGCCGGUUCUCCCUGGUCAAGGCGAUGGGACUUGGCAAGGACCAGGGAAGUGUAACUGGGUCUGAGGCAGAUUCACAGCAGGAUCUGCCCAUCCAACAUCCUCGAGCUGAACAACUCCGUGGCUACAGCGCUCACGAAGAGGCUCGACAUAGCGAGCCCUACUUUGACGCCCCCUACGAACAAUACCCCCAACGUGAUACAGCACAGUCUAGCCCUGUGUACCACACACGCCAUGCAAACGACGCUCAACAACAGGAUGGCCGAAGACCCAGCGCAAUCCCUACAUACAUACAAGGUAGUCAUCUGAACACAGGCUCCGACUCAUCAGUGGAUGUGCGACGACCUCCCACUGAUUCAAGGUCUCGCCCAUACCAAGCGGACUUUUCAGAGUCAGAAGGACAUGAUGGACGACCAGUGGGAAGCAGUCGUGACGACCGAUCGAGUGUGCUUCAGAAGAGCCACAAGAAAUUUGCGGAUGCGUACGAUGGAGAAAAUUACCGCGGGCACGAAGGCAGCAGCGGAGCCGCCAAGCGGGUGAUGGAUUUCUUCAGGAGACGUGGAAAGGCAAGAGGUGGUGAGGACCGGUGAACAGAGCAUGCGUUCAGCACCAGGAGUUAACGGCGUACCGUCUGAGUUUGAAGAUCUCUUGUCUGGAAGUUCUGCACCAAUGUUCGCAGUUGGAUGCCAUAAUUGUCAUUGUCUAUUAUUAUUUUUUGCCGGGACGCUAAACACCACACACAUUCAUCUACCAGUAAUGAGGGACGAACACCAAGGGCUCUCGACGAUGCCCGUACGCAACUUGGAGACCGCCUAGGGUUGGUCCUCUCCAUAUUGCAUGCACAUACCUACACAUACUCACAUCACAUCAUGGCGCAAGGGGAUACGAGAUUGAGAUUGGGUGGUGGUCCCGGAUGGUUAUACUGCUCUACACUCUACCAUAUACACUUACUCGGUUAAGCAAAGUUUGUUGUUUCAUAAGCGGUAGAUGGGGGAACAAAGAUGUGGGCUGGAUGACCCAAUGUUUCUGUACAUUCUGAAUCGCCGAAGAAGAAGGAAGAUGAGAAGAGAAGGGGGAGACGGAAAGUGUUUUAUUUUAUUUGUCUGUUCGUAUACAACGCAUCUCAGCCAGGUUUGCUUCAAAGAAGGCAUUAACGAGCGGGGCCAAAACACUAUAGUGACUUGAUAAUCAUUUAACUUGUGACUUAUUUAACUGUUCCAUUUGCUUACAAUAAAGAGAUGGAAGGGAUUGAUCGACGGUGAUCAAGUACGGGCGCUUUGACCUGGGCCGCAAUAUGUUUACACGGUAAUACCUAUAUGAGAUAUUGAAGA